GCAUUUGAAGCUGGCAUCAGGAGUGAUUUCCCUCGAUUUUUCGUUCCGAUCCAUUCAUUUUACACUCAGCUUCAUUCAAGUUCGGACGUGUAUUUCCGGCGGUGUUGAAAAGGUUGAUCCUUUUACAUUGUAAAAAACGUUGUUAAAUAGUUGUAGUUGGUUGAAAUACUAUUCUCCAAAAUGUUUGAGGCACGUCUCAUUGCUAGCACCACCUUGAAGAAGGUUCUGGAUGCCAUCAAGGAUCUGCUGAAUGAGGCCACGUUCGACUGCAGUGACUCGGGCAUCCAGCUCCAGGCGAUGGACAAUUCUCACGUCUCGCUGGUGUCGCUGUCGCUUCGUUCGGAUGGAUUCGACAAGUACCGGUGCGACCGGAAUCUGUCCAUGGGCAUGAAUCUGGCCAACAUGUCCAAGAUUAUGAAGUGCGCUAACAACGACGACACGGUUACCAUGAAGGCCCAGGACAACGCUGACACCGUCACAUUCAUGUUCGAGUCCCAGAAUCAGGAGAAGGUUUCCGAUUAUGAGAUGAAGCUGAUGAAUCUGGACCAGGAACAUCUGGGAAUCCCCGAGACAGACUACGCGUGCAUCGUCCGUAUGCCAGCGAUUGAAUUUGCCCGCAUCUGCCGCGACUUGUCCCAGUUUGGAGAGUCUGUCGUCAUCUCCUGCACCAAAGAAGGUGUGAAAUUCUCCGCUUCCGGUGAUGCCGGUUCGGCCAACAUCAAGCUGGCCCAGACUUCAAGCGUGGAUAAGGAGGAUGAAGCAGUCAUCAUCGAAAUGCAGGAACCGGUGACGCUCACCUUUGCCUGUCGCUACCUGAACUCUUUCACAAAAGCCACGCCGCUGUCCAACCAGGUGCAGCUGUCGAUGUCUGCCGAUGUGCCGCUCGUGGUCGAGUACAAAAUCCAAGACCUGGGACACAUUCGGUACUACCUGGCGCCAAAGAUCGAGGAUGAUGAGAACUAAAAAGGUUCUUUGUCCAACCAUGUAUUAUUUACUCUUUGUGCGCGAGACACACACACAUACUGAUACUGAUUGGAUAUCUACACAUAAGGCCUUUUAUAUCUACCAUACACCGUAAUAAACACAAUACCUAAGUUAUACUGUAA